AAGAUACUCUUCCACUCUUCCUUGCUCCAUCAGUAUUACACCACCCAACACAAGCUCAGCCAGUUUACCACUCACACUAGCUGAGCUAGAACUCACCACUCACUGCAGUUGCAGCAUGGCGCCUUUGCUGUUCAAGGACAUGAAGAGCCUCUCGUGCUCGUCGCCGGCGUCCACGGCGAUAUGCCCGAGCUUGGAGCGGCAGCCGAUGGUCCGGCCACACAAGGGCGGCGCCAUUGCUGCGAGCCCUCUCUGCCAGGUCCCCGGUGAGCCAAGAACGGUUCACAGGCAAGACUGCAGGAGAGGGCAGCAGCAUCAGCACAAGGCGGCUGCCGCGAAUGGCGGCGAGCUCGUCAGCCCCGCCGGCUCAUCCAGGUACCUGCUCAGCAGCCGCGCCGCCGCCGCCGAGGAGAUCCAGGAGGUGGAGGCUUCGGCUGCUCCGGCCGUCGAUGCCAAGGUGGUCAGGGAAGAGCAAGCUGGUAGUGAUGUGAAGAACACUCUGACGCAGGAGCAGGUGGUUGUACUGAAGGUAUCACUGCACUGCAAAGCGUGCGCGGGCAAAGUGAAGAAGCACCUCGCCAAGAUGGAAGGAGUGACAUCUUUCAACAUAGACUUCGCGGCGAAGAAGGUGACGGUGGUCGGCGACGUGACGCCGCUGGGGGUGCUGAACAGCGUGUCCAAGGUGAAGAACGCCCAGUUCUGGGCGGCGCCGCCGGCGAUAGCCGCCUGAUGAGAGAUGAAAACGCAUAGGAUCCUCUCUGGUUAAUUAGGUGCGGAAGCAUGUGGGUCACUGAUGCUGGACCAGCUCGCUCUGCUGUCUGUGUGAUGGUGGUGGUGGUGUCUCCUAGAUCGAUGAGAGCAUGCGUGUGUGUGCGCGUCGUCCUGACUGAUCCUGAAGCAAAGCAUGCAGAUGCAGCUUUGCUUCUUACUGUGAUCCUUUUGGUUUCUUGUGGUUGGCACCAUGCUGAGCUACAUGCCCGUCACUGUGCUUCUUCUUCCGUAGACUGAUGAGAGUGUUUGUGACUAUAUAUCUGCUCUAAGUGUAAGUGGUGGUGUUGUUCUUUUGCAUGCUCUUACUGUAAUAUAAACGUUUCACUGCAAGUCUGCAAUACUGCAUUAUUGUUGUGUCGUA